AUGGGAAACCAGAAAUUAAAGUGGACGGCGGAGGAAGAGGAGGCGUUACGCGCCGGAAUUGAAAAACACGGCACCGGUAAAUGGAAGAAUAUUCUCCGGGAUCCCGAAUUCGCUGAUCAGCUCACCAGUCGCUCCAACAUCGACCUAAAGGAUAAAUGGCGUAACUUGAGUGUUGCCCCCGGUAUUCAAGGCUCAAACUAUAAGGCGAGGCCAAUGAAAGUCAAAGAUGAAGACGUCGUUCUACCUGCAGUUCCAGAUGUUGCAAUCGAUACUCCACUUCCUAAUGAUAACUCUUCUUCUUCACCACCUGCUUCCCUUCCGCGUAGUGAUUUGAACAUUGAUCGCAGAUGUAACAUUGUGGUGGAUAGGAACGCUCCCAGGUAUGAUGGGAUAAUAUUUGAAGCUCUCUCUACUUUAGCGGAUGCAGAUGGAUCUGAUGUCGGUUCCAUUUUCAACUACAUCGAGCCAAGGCAUGAAGUGCCGGCAACUUUUAGAAGAAUCCUUAGUUCAAGACUGAGGAGGCUUGCAGCUCAGGGAAAACUUGUAAAGGUUACCUACUUAAAACCUCAGUUACAGAACUUCUAUAAGAUACCAGAUCCAUCAGAAACAGUAACACCUGCUCCAAAACCAAAGGAGACAAAUACGAAACCCCGACAAUCAAACAAUCAGGCUUCCACAGUUUCACAGGUGAUGAUCGAGGAAGCUGCAAUAACCGCUGCCUACAAACUCGUAGAAGCAGAGAAUAAAACAGACGUUGCCAAAGUAGCAGUAGAAGAGUUGGAUAAGAUGACUAAACUCGCAGAAGAAACCGAAUUUCUCAUGGAGUUAGCUAAAGAGAUGCGUGAACAAUGUUCUCGUGGGGAGGUUGUGCUUCUGGCUUGA